AAGGGGAGUUUAUGUCUGUGGAUAAGAGCGACACUUUCAUUGAAUCUCCUCUCUCGAAUGGACGCCGACUUUUAAAGAAGCCACGAUGUAGCCUAAAAUGGACACGUUGACAAUUCGCUUCCAGGAGUAGUUCAAGCUGUCCUCGCCUAGUCAUGGAAAGUUAAACAAGCGCGGAAGAUAGCAGGAAAAUGGGCGAAGCGAAAAGUGGCACUGGGUCUUCCUAGGGCGGCUCCAUGUCCCCCUCCUCCCCGAGCCAGAUGCCUCCGAAGACAGCGCCCGUGUCUCCUGCUCCGCCCGUCCCGCCGAGGAGACUCCGGGGUCGGGAUGGAGGUUCUGGCAGGACGCGUCGGGUCGGAGGAGCGGAGAGGCGAGUGAAGUGUGUCCUGGUGGGAGACGGAGCUGUGGGCAAAACUAGUCUGGUGGUCAGCUACACCACCAACGGAUACCCCACCGAAUAUGUCCCCACUGCCUUUGACAACUUCUCGGCAGUGGUAUCAGUGGAUGGGCAGCCGGUCAAGCUUCAACUCUGUGACACAGCUGGGCAGGAUGAGUUUGACAGGCUGCGUCCGCUCUGUUAUACCAGCGCAGACGUCUUCCUGCUCUGCUUCAGCGUGGUCAACCCAGUGUCCUUCCAGAAUGUCCCUGAGAAGUGGAUCGCCGAGAUACGAAGACAUGCCCCUUUCGCACCGCUUGUCCUUGUUGGGACUCAGUGUGACCUCAGAGAAGAUGUCAAGAUUUUGAUAGACCUUGCUAAGUACAGAGAGAGACCCGUUGAUCCAGCGGAUGCUAGGGACUGUGCAGCUGAGAUCGGAGCUGUGGCCUACGUGGAGUGCUCGUCGCUAACCCAGAAGAACCUGAAAGAAGUGUUCGACACAGCCAUACUGGCCAGCCUGCAGAAUCACAGCUCCCAGAAGCGCCCGAGAGGGAAACAGAAACGUCGAACAAAGCAAAUGCAGACACCUGACAAGAUGAAGAGUUUGUCCAAAUCGUGGUGGAAAAGGUACUGCUGUGUGGCGUGAAGCGCUCCAGAUUGCUAUCCUGGAACACUUUGAUACGAUCCAGCACUCUAUGGUCUCUUUCAACGGCGACGAAGUCAAACCUCCUCAGGAGUGUUGAUGGAAACCAAAGUUUCAUUUGUUUUAUCACAUGGGACAUUUACGACCGAACCUCAGUCUCUUUCAACAUGGACUGGAAAAACAAGAGGACACAUGAGUCCUUGAACAAAUCAGGCCAUGGGUAAAGUGACUGCAAUAAGAACCUUUGUUGGGAUGUACUGGUCUUGACUUGCUGGAGCAGCAGACAAAGGUGGAUGAGACUGAUUUUAACAAGAUGAGAAACGCUGAGAAUCCUUUUCGUGGAUUUAAAUGUGAAGAGAUUAAGUUCCUUUUGGACAAUAUUGUCAACACUUGAGUCGCACAGUUUUCUUACUUGGUGUUAAGAGUUCAAAACAGUUAUUUGAUUAGUCUGUCUUACACCGAUGGUACUGAAUGGAAGUACAGCAAGUAAUGGAAUCUGGAGAGCAAAUGGGAACGGUUUAGAGUAAGGCUACGUUCACAGUGCAGGAUGUGAUAGUCAAUUCAAAAUUUUUGCUAAUUCUGACUUUUUUGUGGAGCUAGCUGUUCAUAUUGGAAAAAAAUCUAAUGCAAGUUGUAAGUGGACAGAAUGUGAUGGAAAUUGACACGCAUGUGCAUAAAUGUAAAUAUAGUACCUUCAGCAGGGUCUCAGUCAUCACGCUUUUGUGACAAAUUCAUGGAUUUUGUGCUACAAGGGUCAACAUAUUCCUAAAAUGUUAUCUUAUAGCAAAUUAUAUUGACAUGCGAAAGACGCCCAUAUUGGAUUAGAAAAAAAUCUGAAUUGGACUACCAGAAAUCGGAAUUGACCUUCAGUAUGAACGUAGCCUAAGAUGCACACGUACUAAAGAGGACAAGAAGAAGCUAGUUGACCACCCAUAGCAAAACUUUGCUACUCAUCUGUUGCUUAAUCUCAUCUCGUGAGACGAAUGUGAUCCUCUCAAAUUGAUCUCAUUCUCUGCUUAUUUGUUUCUGAAUUUGUGCUCUUAAGGGUACCCUUAGGAGCAAGUGAUGAGUCAAAAUCAGCAAAGUGAAGAGAAGAGAAAUGUUCUUGAUUGAAAAUUUAGUUAAACUUGUAUAGGACCUUUCAGGCAGUCAAAGCACUUUGAUACUAUAUCCUCAUCUACCUGCUGGUGACACGGCAACAUGGGGUUCAGUGUCUUGCUCAAGGAUACUCAGAUGAAUUCAUCAGGAGGGAGAAUUAAACUCACAACUUCUGGGUUGGGGAACGACUCUCUACCACUGAGCCACCCACGGGCUCAGAUGCAGUGUACUCGAUGUGACGCAAAACAUCAAUGGAAAGCAACUUCAGAAAGAGCGUGUAGCAGCGAUUUUAUUUUGCUUCAUUUGAUAAUUUAUAUAUUUCUUUGAUACUUCAAUAAAAACUUCCAAAUCGCAGACAUGUUGCCUGUGAGCCAGUAGUUUUAGCGAGACAGUGUCAGCCAGCCUGUUGCCUGUUUUGAUUACGUCAUCAAACAGGAGGACGAAGGUUCUUCACACCAUUUUGUGGUAAACUUUCGGUCUUCGAAACCAAAAAUCGAUAAUGCAUUUGUAGCGGCUGAUAGUUUUCGGCACCGAAUUUUCGGUCAAAUCUCUAAUUUAUACAUUGAACAAGAUGAACCAGAUGUUAUUUCAUUAUUUGACCGAUUAUAUCAUUUUCUCAGAUUUUGGCACGACAUGAAUUAAGAUGUGAUUGGAUAUGUCAGAGCAGUUACUACUCUUUUGAGUAUGAAAGAAUCUUGAAAAGCCAAAGUGAGCAAUUGCAAACUGGAAGGAGAUCAAAUUGAGAAAUAUUUGUGACUGGCACAUUAUAGGGUUGCUUGGCGAGAUCAGUAAAAGAGGCAGCUUUGAGGCAAGUUUAAGAAAUAAAAUAUUUUGCGAUCAUGAGAUCGUGACUCCAAGUGAGGAGAUAAAAUUGAGAUGCAUUUGAGAUCAACACAAGUACUCAUAGUUGUCUCUUGGUGAGAUCUUGGAGACAACUGUGUGACUUUGAAAAAUCGUGCCAGUAGAACUAUUCUCAAGACCUUCUCGUGUAACGCUCACUAUGAGACUUACUUCUCAUGAGACAAUUUUGAGAAAACUGAGAAAACCACUCUGGCCUUGAGUAUUGCUGAUUCUCUUCUCAGAGAUGUAAAUGGGACAUGAACAAGAUCUCAUCUUCAAUUUUGCUUUGCUAUGGGCAGGUCAGUUGGAAAAAGCCCAAUAUUAAGAUGCUAAAAGUGGUCAGGCCGCCAGCUAUGCUAGCUGAAUCGAGUGUUAAAGAAGGUCGAGAACAUAUUCAUCUAAGAAAUUACAAAGUCUUAUUCCAAAACAGGAACUUAGUGGUCUAGUUGCAUGUAUUCCUCGGAUCUCCACACAAUGGCAUCUUGUGAAGCUACGUAAAUCAUGUCCUUUUUGACAUGAGCUUCACCAUGACUCUCAUUUCACCCUUUAGACGUGCUUAUCACAUUAUUUUUCAGUUGCCAAUAUGUAUUUGGCAAGGUUUUUGUUUAGCUAUUAGCUUCUGUCACACAAUACAGACAAAAAGUAUGCAAAUAUUUUACAGACAGGAAUUGAACACAAGGACAAAUAUGCAGUUAGUUCCACUUAGCAACUAAAACAGCUUGCACUUUUCUGGAAUAUUUUUACAAGAUGUCGGAGCGUGUCUCUGGGAUUUGUAGGUCCAUUCAUCUAGCUGUGAGAUCAGCAAUGUUAGACUUGAGCAAGGUUAAUCCAAACAAAUGCUUGAUAUGGUCUGAAUGCUGUUGAGUUUUGAUUAUACAAUUAAAACAAAAAGGUUCUGGCAAAGUGUUAGGCCUGGAAAUGUCCAAAAAUCAAACACACUAUUGUUGUACCCGAGUCAGGUCAAAAGCCAAUAAUUGUAUCUUUUCUCCAAGGUCCAUUUGUAAGAACAAGUCUUUGUGUUUAGUGUGUCAGCAUGAGAAAUGAUAAGGGUGUGAGCAACUUUGUUGUAUGGAAUGAUUUAAAAGUGCGUAUUAUUGACAACACAUGUUAGAAGGAAAGCGUGGUGACCGCUCAAUAUGGUUUACGUGUCUCAUCUGUAAAAAGUCAGAUAAUAUAUUUAGAGUAAAUCAAUUUGCAUUUAAUCCAGUGUGCCUACAAAUCCAAUAUUUUAAUCAACGAGAAGGCGUUUUAUAUAAUCAUGCACAAUUUUGCCUAGUACGACAUUUUUUAACACAAGCCAACCAGUUUGGUCACAAGCUGAAAAUCAAUAUUAACAAAACCCAAGUUUCGAUUUUAGUAUCAAGCUGUGAUUGUAUCAUUGGAAUUGUUUGGUCAUUCAGAUGUUCCAGCUGCCAAUGAAUGGAUCCUGUGUCCAUCCUGAUAGCAAUACAUUGUUUGUCGGUGGGGAGAGGGCGCACAAUGAGGCCUGUCUUGCAGACUCGAAGGGUGACGGCACAUGGAAGUAGGCCAAAGGUCGCACAGACCCUUAUGUUGGUUUCCGUGUCAGCUUUUUCAAGUUUUACUCUGCUUGUGUUGAUGAUUAAUAGAAAAGAGGAAAACGACCUGUAAAGUUAUUUUGGCUCAAUGAUUUUUAUUUUAUUUUUUUUUACAUUUAAUCAACCCAGCAAACAAAUCAUUUCCUCUCAACCCACUUGUUUGCAUGCAUGAAAGUAUGGCAUUUUGACAUCUUCAGUUAUGGGUGUCAAUUUGUCACUAAAAUACCAUUACGGCCGUUAACAAAGACAACUUUCCUAUGAAUGGCUUUCAGCUGUUUGUUCCACUUGAAGCAUAAAUUGUGUGAUUGAGCUCUUUGUUUUUUUGUUUGUUUUUUAACCAUAUGGAUUAUGCCUCUUAGACUUGAACAGGAUGUUCCUGUUUUGGCUUUGUUUUUGUUUUUUUGCAUUGAGCUCAUUAAUUCAUAAGCAGGCCACCUCAAUAGAUGCUCAAUUACGGCUGAGACUUUUUAAAGCCCAUCUGAGCUUAUUGAGCUCCAUGUACAGAAUGUAUAUUUUCAUUGUUCAUUAUAUUAUGGUAUCAAAUAAGACUUUUUGAUGGGGUUGAUAGCAUUUUGUCUGGACUCCAAUCAAAGAGAAUGUUUGGUAAAUGAAUUUUUUUUAUACUUUGUGAAAUAAAAGAUAUUUGCUAUCAUACAAGGCUUACUUACUUCAGUGAUUACUUAGCUCAAUUCUCUUUUCCCUAAUCACUAGUCAAAGGUAACUCGUUUCUUCAUGUACAGUGAUUCCCAUUUUUCGCGGUUAAUCGGGACCAAAACCCGCCGCGAUAUGUGAAAAACCGCGAAGUAGCGUCCCCACCGCCCCCCAAAAAUAUUUUU